UCGAAUUCGGCUUUGACCACAUGAGAAAGAAAGGAGGAAAAGAGAUGAGAGGUGGCUUCCAGCAGUGCUUCCACAAAAGGCAGGAGUGUAAGACGGGCUGGUCGAAAGGAUUCAACUGUCACCUUUGACAACAUCACCAUCGCAAUGACAGACUCGGCUCUUCCGCUCCUGUGCGUCCUUGGGCUCCUUUCGCUGUCCACCGCUUGCUAUAUCCAAAAUUGUCCGAGAGGAGGGAAGCGCUCUUUCCCGGAUCCCGUCUCCAGACAGUGUAUGACAUGCGGUCCAGGGGACAGGGGUCGAUGCUUUGGCCCGAGUAUCUGCUGUGGUGAAGACAUAGGCUGUCUUCUGGGCUCCCCCGAGACAGCUAACUGUUUGGAAGAGGACUACCUGCCCUCCCCGUGUGAAGCCGGCGGGAAGGUAUGCGGCUCGGAUGAGGGGCGCUGUGCCGCUCCGGGGGUCUGCUGUGAUUCAGAGGGCUGUGUGCUGGACCCUGACUGCACGGACGAUAAUAAAUUUCGAGCCCUAGCAGAGCAGAAAAGCACUCUGAUGGACACGUCUCCUGGAAAGCUGCUCCUGCAGAUUCUCCACCCAGGAAGCAGAGCACGGACCCAAUUCUGAUCCGUCUCCCAAUCAGAACCGAGAUUAACACCAGUGCCUGAUCAAAAAGCUUAAUCACACACCAGCCUAACACUCACACUCUCUCUCUCUCUCACACACACACAGGUAUUCAGCAAAACAGAGAGUUUGUUCAACAUGUCUGAGUAAAUGAAUGUCUAUAUGAAUGUAUUUUCACAACAGACACGUACGCACUGUGGUGACCACACUCACACGCAAACACACACACACACACACACACAAUCAUUUGAUGGGAGAAGUAAAUUCUGUUCACUCUGUAUGUUUGGUGUAUGCUGCAUUGACGUGUGGAGGAGCAGAAUGUUGUGGUUUAAACUGUACUGACUGAAAUAUGCAUUGUACAGUCCACCAUCUACGACAGGAGUG